AGAUGGUGCCACCCUCAAGUUCUACCAACAAUUUGCUUGUCCUCCAAAUCACUUACUCAAGAUGUAAAGUUGCCUCCAUUCAUCUCUCAGAAUCUUUUUAACAAGCUUUGGCGGUAGUCGCUGGUCACAGAGAAGGAAGCCAUGGUGCGCAAUGUGGACGACCUGGACUUUUGCCUUUCCUCACAUCCACAGAGCAUCCUGGAUGGACUGCGCUCACUGUGCUCCCACCCCAAGCUCUUUGACGUGACGCUGAGCGCUGGGGGGCGCGAGUUCCCCUGUCACCGCAGCGUCCUGGCCCUCUGCAGCCUCUACUUCCGAACCAUGUUCUCGGGCAACUUUGUGGAGAGCAUUGCCGCCCGUGUGGAGCUGCACGACGUUGACCCUGACGUCCUGGCCACCCUCCUUGACUUCGCAUACACGGGAAAGCUCACCAUCAACCAGGGCAACGUGGAGGGCCUUAUCCGCACCUCUAGCCAGUUGCAGUUUGGGGCAGUCCGUGCCGUCUGCAGCCGUUACCUCCAGCACCAGAUUGAUGCCACCAACUGCCUAGGUAUCCUGGAAUUUGGGGAGACACAUGGCUGCCCGGAGGUAGUGGCCAAAGCCAGUGGGUUCCUCGUGGAGAACUUUGAGGCCGUGGCCCAGGAAGAAGAAUUCCUGCUGCUGAAGAUGGAGAGGCUGGUGAGCUGCCUCUCGGAGGACAGGCUCCAGAUAAGGGAUGAGCGCAGUCGGGUGGAGGCAGCCCUCAGCUGGGUAAGGAAAGACGAGGCCACUCGCCUCCCCCACCUCCCAGAGCUGCUGAGACUGGCCCGGCUGUCUCUCCUGCCCCGGGAAUACCUGACUGACAUCCUCCUGAAGGACAGCCUCGUCCAGCAGUGUCAAAGUUGCAGGGAGGCUGUGGAAAAGAUCCACAGAGAGUUGGAGAUGGGUCCAGGAGACGUACCGCAUGGUAAACCCCACAAUCCCCAGCCCAACCUGCAGGAGGUGCUCUUUGUGAUAGGGGGGCGAUCUCUGGAUGACUCAGAUGAUGAGGAUGAGGAGGAACAGGUGGAAGGGAGAGUAAUGAGGCCUGCGCACAGGAACACAGCCUUCUAUAACACAAAAACCAGCCAGUGGACUCUGCUCCCUGACUUCCCAGACUACAACAAGUGGGGUUUUUCUGUGGUCUCCUUGAACAAUGAUGUGUACGUCACAGGAGGCUCCAGGGGCUCUCGUACCAACACAUGGUCGACCACCCACACCUGGAAGUACAUCACGCGGGAGGGGAAGUGGGUGAUGACUGCUCCCAUGCUGAGGCCCAGGACCAAUCAUGCCUCAGCUGCACUGAAUGGAGAGAUAUAUGUCAUUGGAGGCACUAGUAUGGAUUUUGUGGAGGUGGAACACUAUGAUCCUUAUAGUGACAGCUGGGCUCUCACUGGGCCCACUUUGAAAUACGUCACUAACUUCACUGCCACUGGCUGUCUGGGCAAGCUGUACGUCAUUGGCUCUUGCGCAGUCAAAUACAACGCUCUCACUCUUCAGUGCUACAAUCCUGUAACAGAUGGAUGGAGUAUCAUUGCCUCUCCCUUCAUCCCCAAAUACUUGUCAGCCCCUCGCUCUGUCUCUGUGGACGGAGUCAUUUACCUGAUAGGGGACAACACCAAAAAGAUGUACACAUAUGACCCUGAGGCCAACAUGUGGCAGAAGGUCCAGCUUCUUCACACCCUCCACGAGAAUGGCAGCCUGGUGGUGCUGGGCGGACAGCUGUAUGUGACAGGUGGGCACUGGAAAGGAAUGGAGGGGGAGUAUCGGGUGGAGAUGGAGGUAUACAACUGUGCCUCCAACGCCUGGCAUGUGGAGAGCUUCCUGCCCAGGCUCUGGUUCUACAGUGGCUCCUGCGCCAUCUUUCUAGACCCCUCUCCAUGGACAGAGCCUUUUCCAGCUGAUGAGACCUAGAGGAUGAGCUCAUCUUUGGCAAGAACCUGCGCCAGAAUCCGUGCUGAGCGAUGCUGUGGUUGUAUCACAUUUGUCGAUUCCACCAUUUAUUUUGUGAGAUUAUAAACAUUUUGCUUGCAUUAAAGGGACAACACCUAAUGGAUUAUUUAGAA